AUGAGAGUUUUAUCAUUCCUUUGUUUAUUAUUAGUUAGCUACGCUUCUGCUAAACAACAAUUCUCUGAAUUACAAUACAGAAAUGCUUUCACCAACUGGAUGCAAGCUCACCAAAGAACUUAUUCCUCUGAAGAAUUUAAUGCUCGUUAUCAAAUCUUCAAAUCCAAUAUGGAUUAUGUACACCAAUGGAAUUCAAAAGGUGGUGAAACCGUUUUGGGUUUAAAUGUUUUCGCUGAUAUUACCAACCAAGAAUAUAGAACUACCUACUUGGGUACCCCAUUCGAUGGUUCAGCCCUCAUUGGUACUGAAGAAGAGAAAAUCUUCUCCACCCCAGCCCCAACUGUUGAUUGGAGAGCUCAAGGUGCUGUCACACCAAUUAAAAAUCAAGGUCAAUGUGGUGGCUGCUGGUCAUUCUCAACCACUGGUUCAACUGAAGGUGCUCACUUUAUUGCAUCUGGAACAAAAAAAGAUUUAGUUUCAUUAUCUGAACAAAACUUGAUCGAUUGUUCAAAAUCAUACGGUAACAAUGGUUGUGAAGGUGGUUUAAUGACUCUUGCCUUUGAAUAUAUCAUCAAUAACAAAGGUAUUGAUACUGAAAGUAGUUAUCCAUACACUGCCGAAGAUGGUAAAGAAUGUAAAUUCAAAACAUCAAACAUUGGUGCUCAAAUUGUUUCAUACCAAAAUGUUACCUCUGGUUCUGAAGCUUCAUUACAAUCAGCAUCAAACAAUGCUCCAGUCUCUGUUGCAAUUGAUGCUUCAAAUGAAUCCUUCCAAUUAUAUGAAUCAGGUAUCUACUAUGAACCAGCAUGUUCUCCAACCCAACUUGAUCAUGGUGUUUUAGUUGUUGGUUAUGGUUCAGGUUCAAGUUCAUCAUCUGGUUCAUCAUCUGGUAAAUCAUCAUCAUCAUCAUCAACUGGUGGUAAAACUUCAUCCUCAUCAUCAUCAGGUAAAGCUUCAUCAUCAUCAUCAGGCAAAGCUUCAUCAUCAUCAUCAUCAGGUAAAACUUCAUCUGCUGCUUCAUCAACCUCUGGUUCUCAAUCAGGUUCCCAAUCAGGUAGCCAAUCAGGCCAAUCCACCGGUUCACAAUCAGGUCAAACCUCUGCUUCUGGUCAAGCAUCAGCAUCAGGUUCUGGUUCUGGCUCAGGUUCAGGUUCAGGUUCAGGUUCAGGCUCAGGUGCUGUUGAGGCCUCAUCUGGUAACUACUGGAUCGUUAAAAACUCAUGGGGUACUUCAUGGGGUAUGGAUGGUUACAUUUUUAUGAGCAAAGAUAGAAAUAACAAUUGUGGUAUCGCAACAAUGGCUUCUUUCCCAACUGCCUCAUCAAAUUAA